UGCUCACUCAGGCCGUCACCCAAUUCUACGCAAAUGGCUCUCUCAAGGGUCACUGUGUUUAGCCGGAAUCCUGUUCGUUCUCCGCCGCUUCCUUUUACAUAUUCCUCUCCUUUCUCUCUCUGUAUCCAACGCAACCGCCAAAUCGGCGCAUUUGCCGUCCAUUCCAUGGCGGAAGAAUCCGCCUCGUCUCCGAUUGCUGCGGCACCUCCGCCGAAGAACACCCGGUGGAGACCAACGUGUUUGUACUUCACUCAAGGUAAGUGCACUAAGAUGGAUGAUGCGAUUCAUAUUGAGAGGUUCAAUCACAGUUGCUCCGUCUCUGGGGAAAUGACGGCAAAUGCUUUGCAAUCCAGGAAUUUGCAGCAGCAGGGCUUAGAGUUUCUCCUCGUGCUUGAUUUGGAAGGGAAAGUUGAAAUCCUUGAAUUUCCGGUUUUGUUGUUUGAUACGAAAACCAUGGAUGUUAUCGAUUUCUUUCAUAGGUUUGUCAGGCCCUCAAAAAUGGCCAAGAAAAGAAUAAAUGAAUAUAUAGAAGGAAAAUAUGGAGAAAUAGGAGUUGACAGGGUUUGGCAUGAUACAGCUAUCCCAUUCAAGGAAGUUAUUCAAGAAUUUGAAACUUGGCUAGUUAAAAAUGAAUUAUGGCGAAAGGAGCGGGGUGGCUGUCUGAGUAAGGCUGCAUUUGUAACUUGUGGGAAUUGGGAUUUGAAAACAAAAGUCCCCCAGCAAUGCGAAGUAGCAAAGAUGAAACUCCCACCAUAUUUUAUGGAAUGGAUCAAUUUGAAAGACAUCUAUCUAAACUUCUAUAAGAGGAGGGCCCCGGGGAUGCUUUCCAUGAUGAGGGAACUAAAGAUUCCGUUGUUGGGCAGUCACCAUCUUGGAAUUGAUGACUCGAAAAACAUUGCAAGGGUAUUGCAGCAUAUGCUAAAUGACGGCGCUUACUUGCAAGUUACUGCUAGAAGAAAUCCUGAUUCUCCCGAAGUUGUUAAGUUUCUUUUUGAAAACCGUAUCAGGUAGUUGAGCAAACGCAAACCUGAAACGAUCAAACGAAUCAGGUUUUUUACUAAUUUGAAGGUUGUAGCUUUUCACUGAGAUUCUUUUUUGGAAGUCUAACUAAUAGUUUGGAAAUUUUAAGGUCAUUUAGAUUUUAUUUACAUAAUUACAGGACGUUGAUGUUUUAAUAUUACUUUGUUGUCUUGGUGUU